AUGAGUGAGUUUUGGAAUAAUAACAAGGAUACAAUUGGCGCGGGCUUGAAGACAGUUGGUAAAUACAGUUAUAAAAGUACCAAAUUUGUUGCUAAAACAGGAUACCAAGCUGGCAAGUCACAUUACCAAAACAGUAAAGCAAAAAGGGAGGGAAGAAGCCAAGAAGGCAGCGAUGAUAGUGGACAGACCACUCCAAAUGUUCAUAUUAACUACAAAGAUCCAUCUGCAUUCCCACCACCACCAGUAAAACCAGGACAGUUGCAAUAUCAUGGCAGUUCCGGAAAUUCUGCUAACGGAAGUAGUGCGACGAUUCCUACUCUUUCAAAUACAAACAACACAGCACAACUAAAUGAACAACCCUAUAUGAAUCAAAUAAAUAGUUCCAACCAAAUUUACUCAAGGCCACAAAUGGCAAUCCCAGAACAACAAGUUGCAACCCCAGAGCAGCAAAUGAAUUCUACAACAUUGCCAUCUCAACCCCAAAUGGCAGUACCAUCACAACAAGAGCACAUUCAUAUACAGCCUUCGAACCCCCAGCAACUACCAUCCAAUUAUAAGCCUCAGGAACAAUAUUUACAGAGUGAACAACUAAAUAUCUCUGAUAGGCAUGCACCUCAACCUAUGGAGAGACCAGCAAUGCCGUUACCACAGCACGGAAAUGUGCCACCUUUAACAACUGAAAAUGUUCAUCCCAAUAUAGAAGCUGAUAUUUCAUCACCUGCAGUUGGUCCUCAAUUCGAAGUUAAACCUUAUGACUGGGAAGAACAGAAAACUACUAAAAUUGAGAUACCACAGGUAGAUUUAACCAGUAUCCCACCUCCCCCCACACAUAGAGACAGAAAUACAAGUAGACAAGGAUCUAAUAGCACACCACCUUCUAGAACACAUACAGGUAACAAUACAUCUACAGCCUCUGUCACAACAACGGGAAUUGUCGACGGGAACCUUGAAUCGAACCAAGAACACACGCCAAAGCCAGCAAUAUUAGGCGAGUAUGAUGAUACUUUGAAUGUUGCUUAUGCUCCUCCUCCCAAACCAUUUAGAAGAGCGACAAAUAACUCUUCAGAUCUAAAACUAUCCGGUGCUCAAAACACCAAGACUCCCCCACCUCCUGUAGUUUUAACCAACAAGUCAGCCGAGAGACCUAAUUCGAGCAAUGUAAUGCCAUCAUUACCUUUAAGGCAAAUGAACACCAAGGCCAAUAGCUCUGAAAAUUUACCAAAAGCUAAAAUUUUAGGUGAAUACGAAACCAAUGUGGAUGUGGGUAUUGCGCCUCCACCUAGACCUACCUACAGAAAGACUGAUACUGAGGCAAACCCUCCAAAUAGACCAUUAAGCAGAUCUACUACCGAACACAAAAUGAGUAGCAUAUCAAGAGAUAAUUAUAAUUCCAUUAAAUCCAGUUCUGUCAAACCUCCAGUACCAAAGAGGAAUACUGGGGAGAGAGAAGGAGCACAAGAACUUAAAGCUGACAUAGCUGAAAGAAGCCAAGAGAUUACACCCACCCCAGGUAUUUCAGGUAUUUAUAACUUAGACAAGAAAAUUGAUUUUGCACCACCUCCAAAACCCUUCAGAAGGGCUCAAACGUCAUCUGAUAUUCCUCAGAAGUCCUCUCUUGUAACAGAUGAAUCUAAUAUCAGUGUCCCAAAUAAAUCACAACAGCCUAUGCAAGAAAAAGAUAGUAUCAAAAAUGCCACGCCACUCUAUAUACCACCUAGCAAUAAUAUUAACUUCCCCCCACCACCCAAACCACAUAAUAAAUCUCUAGAAGAGAGUCAUACUCCUUCAAAUAAGUUAUCUGAGAAACCGAAACCUCCGAAGAAACCAGAACAACUGAAGGAUUUGAAUUUAUCUACCCAACAAGCUGAUAAGAACAUGAAGAAUAAGGAUCAGUUGUUUGAUAACAAAAAUGAGUUAUUGAGCACCAUAAAAAAUAAAAAAAGGCCGGCGCCUAUACCCAAACCCAAACCUAAAAGUUUAACUUCAGAAGGUAACCAUAUGAAUUUGAACACUGAAAAGGGAAAAGAAACUACAAUAGAAAAACCUGACGAGUCAAAAUUUUUACCAAUUUCGAGUUUUCCACCUCCACCAAAGCCAUUUAAACGUGAAGAGCUCUCAAAGGAGGUAGUAGAUAGUGUAGGAGAAACUGCGGAUUUUACAAAGCCAAAAAGAGCUGGACAGUUAGAAUCAACUCAGACCGAGAAAUCAAAUUCAAAAGGAAAAGCACCACCACCUGUUCCAAAGAAGCGUAAUGCACAGUCAAAAUCCAGCCCUAGCCUAGAAGGGAGUGAGGAUAACCCAUUUUCAAAGUAUUUAAAGGACGCAGUUCCUAACGAGCCUGAUCGCUUACAUAAAUAA